AAAAUAAAACAGGAAACACAAGACUAGACUAAGAAACACAAGAAAACACACACAAGAGACAUGGAUCACUAAACCCAAGGAACACAUAGGAUAACUUAUAAGAGAAUAAACACGGGGAGGAACCACAAAGAAAAAACAAAACUUAUGACCAUUGUUCUAUUUUUAAAUAUCUAGUUCAUUUCUCUAAAUGCUUACACAUUAUUUUAUUAACUAAUGCAAUCUCCCCCGAACUCCUUUAUGUGUAUUUUAACACCAAAAGUCACAUUAUUAUGAAUGAAUUAUGAUUAUUAUUUGAAGUAUUGUUUCCCGGCCCUGCUCUGCCUCUGUAGCUGUCCUGAACUCUGGGUGUGUGCUGAUGCUAACACUGAUGAAGAGGGUUAGCUCGAUUUAAACAGGUUCUCUUUCAGGCACAAUCAGCUUCAGUCAGCUCUGUGAAGCUGCAGGAUCAAGGGGACAAAUUAAGUCCAGACUGUAAAUCAGACUUCAUGUGCGGACUCAGAGUGAAGAUGAGGAGUUUCUUCAGAAAGCAGUGAAGGUUUGGAACAGCAACAGAAGAAUAAUUGCUCCUGUGAAAAAGAUAUCCCUGUUCCGUCUUUGACCAGCAGAGAUAUUGUGGAGAUGACUGGUGUCUGUGGUUGGCAGCCUGAGCUCAGAGGAGAUGAAUCCUCAGGCGAUGACUCUUUGAGCUUGCUGCAUAAUCUUGAUGACCUGCAGCACGUUGGAGCAGCUGCAUUCAUGAAGAAAAGUGAUUUAGAUUCAGCAGCUGGAAACAAAAACCAAGAAAAGGACAUGGAAUUGAAUGAACCCAGACCGGCUGACCCAGAGAUCUGCAGCAGCACAAUGAGUGCAGCAGACAGGGCUGCUUCUGCUUCUAAGAAAGCAAAUGUCCUGCGAAGUGUGAAACUACCCAGCGGCGCCGGCCUUCACAGGAGAAACGGCCUGGGGGAGACUCUCCUGCACAGAGCAUGCAAGAAAAAAGAUCUGCAGAUGGUCAGAGCGCUGAUACAGGCCGGGAUCAGCGUCAACAUGAAGGAUAACGCAGGUUGGACUGCGCUCCACGAGGCUGCAGCUAAGGGCGAUGAGGUCAUUGUGGAGGAGCUGCUGAAGGCUGGAGCGAACCCCAACGCUCGAAGCUUUGAUGGGGUCACGCCGCUGCAUGAUGCCGUUACCUCGGGACACCACGAGGUAGUGAAGCUUCUCCUCCAGUUUGGGUCUCACACCUGUGACAAGACGGUCGGAGGCCUCAGCGCUCUGGACAUGGCGACAGACGAGAACAUGAAAGAGCUGCUCUUGACCUUCAGAGACUCUUUGGUUUUUCACGAGGAGCCUGUGGAGGAGUCUGCACAACACGAACAACCAGGUUGUAAAUCCUCUGAGGCUCAGUGCCACAAACAGCUCCGCAGCCAGAGAAACUUCAGUCCAAACGUACGAUCCAGAGAGUCAGGUGACGGAGCCGGAGCCAGAGAGCCGGCUGACAUUCAGCCGAGAGGAAAACACACCGACGCUCUGAAUACGAGUCUGGAGCAGGUGUUGGAGGAAGUUUGGAGGAAACAAACUGAACUGUCAUCGUGGCCUCUUUCAGCGCCACAGGAUACAGACAGAUACGGUGCCGCUCUGACACAGAUCCAGGACCAGCUGAUCCAGCUGCUCUACAAACAGAUGAAGGAGAAAGAUCGUCUGGCUCUGAAGCAGCGGAGCGUGUCCCGCUCUCUUUGGCAGCGUGUCUUCAAAACUCGACUCGUCUCCCUCGCUUCACGCCAGAGGAAGUUAGUGGAGAUCCUCCAGAAGCAGAUGCAUUUGGUGGAGGUGUAUGUGACAGCUCAGCCUCCAAACCAUCAGACAGAUCAGCUCAAGCUAGCUCCCACAGCUCAGGACAGUCAGGUCCACAGAGAGGUACCACAGGCCUGUGUGUUGAGACCUGCAGCCCGCAGACCUCCUCCUACUCUGGAUCAUACACAUAGCCACAUCAUCUUCCAGAUUAAGAGAAAGAGUGCUCUGAUACAGUCGAGAGCUGAGAAGGGCAGCAGACAUCUCUCUGAGCUCAUGCAGAGGGGAGUCCUGCAGCCUGGGCAUGCCCUGCACCUCUUCCUCAAGCGUCACCUGCAUUGUGCUCACGUCUUGGCUGAUGGCUCUCUAAAGGACCUUAAAGGCAGAGUGCACCCGUCUCCUAAACACUGGCUGGAGUCUGUGCUGGGCAAGAACAUCCCCGUCAGCUCAGCGUACGCCUGGGACAAGGGAUUCAGAGCACACACUGUCCUUACCGUACCGUCUUUAAAUACUGAGACUACUCCAAAACUUCUGUUAUCUUUUCAUCAUCAACACCCUGAAAUCUGUAAAUAAGGGCAAAGGUGAAAGCAGCCCUGCAGCUCCUGAACCAGAACCAAACCAACCGUUUCCAUGCAAACAGCUUUGGUCUGACGCAUCGUGUAUAUAAAGUUUUGAGACUCAGCUCGCCACACCGUACUGCUGCUCUCUUUAAAGCACCAAAUGUGGAUUCAUCUGCUGAUGAGAAUAGUCCCUAACAGAUGCAUUAUUCUCCUCUAGUGUAAUUGCAGUGAGCAGCUCUGUGUGGAAGUCCUCCUUCACUCUUUUUAUGAGACAGAGGAGGUUUUGAGAAGAAGUGCAUCCAGCAGUGUAAUGUCAGCUCUUAACCUGCCGUGUUCAGGACGUGUGUGUCAGUUUCUAUUAUUAAUCCCUGAUGACUGAGCUGGACGUGAAACAUCACUCCUGCAGACUCUCUUCCUUCCUCCCUUGUCGUUUGGGAUAAAGUUCAGGUCUCUUCUGUUUCCUGCUGUCAGUGGGGGACUGUGACAGGACGCAGCAUUAGUCUGUAAAUUAUUGAGCGUUCACUGUGGAGCUGUGCACCAACACACUCCAUGUCCUCCAUCUCUUUAACACAACAGUGUAACAGACGCUGGUUUAAUGGUCCUGCAGAGCUGCUGAAAGAUAUCUGAUCAGCCUCCAGGUGUCACCUUCCCCUCCAGGACUCUCUGACACCCUCAUUAAAGAUUCAUCCUUCAUAAACCGACGUGUUAAUGCCGUCUGAAGACUUUCACAUAGACUCUCUGCUC